UGCGCGUGUCCCCCACACCGCGCUUGUGCUGCCGCCCUUGCUGCAGCAGAGUGUGUUUCAGUUCAGUCUCACAGACAUGGCUGCUUUAAGCAAGAUACCACACAGCUGCUACGAGGUCGGUCACACAUGGCACCCGUCGUGUGUGCAGUCUGCCGCAGACAUAACUAAGGGGGCUCUGGAGGUGUCCUUCAAAAUUUACGCCCCUCUUUACCUGAUAGCAGCAAUUCUACGGAGAAAGAAGAAGGAUUAUUAUUUAAAGAGGCUUCUCCCUGAGAUCCUGUGGUCUACCUCUUUCCUGACUACCAAUGGAAGUCUCUUCAUUGUUUUCUUCUGCAUUCUCAGGAAAUUGCUAGGAGCGUUUUACCCAUGGUACGGGUUUGGGGCAGCUUUGCCAGCCUCCUACAUCGCCAUCCUUCUGGAGCGGAAGAGCAGGAGAGGUCUGCUGACAAUAUACAUGGCAAAUCUUGCUAGUGAGACUUUGUUCCGCAUGGCAGUGACACGAGGCAUCGUCAAGCCCAUUAGACAUGGAGAGGUGCUCUUGUUCUGCAUAACUGCAUCAAUCUUCAUGUUUCUCUUCAGAAGCAAUGACGGUCUUAAAGGCUUUGCAUUUUCUGCACUAAAAUUCAUUAUUGGGAAAGAAGAGAUUCCAACUCACUUUCACAUGGCAGACUCUGUUGGCACACAGCCCCCUGAGAGGCCAGCUGCCAUAGAGACCCAACACACACAGGUCUCAGCAGAAAAAGCCGACCAUAAGAGGAAAACUCUGAACGCCUACACCAGGAAGCUGCUGGAAUCAAUAUGCAAGCGUGGUCCAAGACACAGAUGUUGUAAACAUUACCAGGAUAACUGCAUUUCCUACUGUGUUAAAGGUUUUGUCAGGAUGUUCAGUGUUGGCUAUCUCAUCCAGUGUUGUCUCAAAGUGCCCUCAGCUUUCAGGCAGAUGUUCUCCAAACCAUCUCGGCUGCCUUCUGUCUUCUACAAUAAAGAGAAUUUCCAGCUGGGGGCCUUUCUAGGCUCUUUUGUCAGUAUUUAUAAGGGAACGAGCUGCUUGUUGCGCUGGCUGCGUAACAUUGAUGAUGAACUUCAUGCACUGAUAGCUGGCUUCUUGGCUGGUGUCUCGAUGUUCUUCUACAAAAGCACAAGUAUAACCAUGUACCUCUUCUCUAAGUUGGUGGAGACCAUGUACUUCAGAGGCAUUGAAGCUGGCCGGUUCCCUUACUUUCCACAUGCAGAUACGAUUAUUUAUGCCAUCUCCACUUCUAUCUGUUUCCAUGCUGCAAUAAUGGAAGUGCAGAACCUCAGACCUUCAUACUGGAAGUUCCUGCUGCGUUUAACAAAGGGCAGAUUUGCUCUGAUGAAUCGAGAGCUGCUCGACGUGUUUGGGACAGAGGCGUCCAGGAAUUUUAAAGGGUUUGUGCCCAUGUUGGACCCUAGCUACGCCACUGUAAUCGGCCGGACUGUGCUUCCACCUGGAGGAGACGCUAAGCUUGGGUGACUUGGAGGCAAAAGUCUUGAAAUAAGACAAAAAAAGACAGAAGAAAGUGGACAGUCAAUUACUUAGGGCUUUGUCAAGGUGACAUAUCUGAGAAGAAGAAAUAUUGUAGCGAUUCAAAAUCUGAAGAUUGGGUCAAAGCAGGAUGUUGUGAUUUUCAUUUGUGAACCAGCACAAAUAAGCAUACUGUAAGUGAUUGAACACUUACAGGUAGCUGGGAAAAAUAAAUAAAGAUCCAUUAUUACUUUCAAAA